AGGAGGGCUUAGCAACUCGCGCGCAAGGGGAGGCAGCAGAAGUUGCAAGGAGGAGGCUGCUAAUUGCAGCGAGCCAGCGAGCGAGCGCCGGGAGAAGGUGCCAUGAGCCCUCGGGAGCUUCCGUGGGAGAGGAGACCUUACCGAAGGACCGAGAGGGCGGCCUGAUUGUAGGACCCCCGCCCUCUGCCAGGACCAAGACAUGGGCCAGACGUCAGUCUCCACUCUCUCCGAGCACGCAAGCGUUGAUGGGAUAGACAAGACAUCAAUUGCAAACUCAGAUGGGCCAAACCCAGGAUCCCGAAGUCCUUCUUUCAAGAGGAAAGGCAAACUUUCUACUAUUGGCAAAAUCUUCAAACCAUGGAAGUGGCGGAAGAAGAAGACCAGUGAAAAAUUUAAAGAAACAUCAGCAGUGCUGGAAAGAAAGAUAUCAACAAGGCAAAGCAGAGAGGAGUUGAUAAGAAGGGGUGUGCUGAAGGAAAUAACUGAACAAGAUGGAGAGAUAACAGUAAAUUAUGAAACCUCAAACGGCCACACGAUAGUAAUCACUGAAGAAGCCAUACAGGGAGAAAAUGUCACGAAGACCGCAGAAGAGAAUAGCUCCACAUCAGCAAAAGCACCACCAGCUACAGAAGAGAGAAAAGAUGGCAAAAAGGAGAAACCUCUUCCUAAAGGUUCCGAAACAUCGGCACCCCGUGCCCCACCACCGCCACCUCCUAAAUCUAAGCCUAAAGCUAAAAAAGCAACCAUACCUCCAAAAAAUGCUACUGCUGCUGCCACUAGCCAUAAGGCUAACGAAGUGCCACAUGCUAAAAAAAAGGGCAAGGCUCCUGCCAAGCAGGCCUCUGCACCGCCUGCCAAGCCAACAAGCCGCGGUGCAAACCGAGAAGCUGCUAGUUCCUCGCACGUAAAAAAAGUGCACACUUCCAAGGCAUCGUCGUCAUCUCCUUCAUCUACAUCAUCUCGCCCUAAAACCUCUAAAGAGCCAACAUCAAGCAAAACAGGCACAGGGACACCCAGAGACAAGAAGAAGCAUGGAAAGCAGGUGACGGUGCGAACAUCUGCUGCUGGGGACAUUUCUUCCACCUCAAACACAGCAGUAGGCAACUCAGAAGCAAAGGUGGAAAACUCUAAACCCGAAGAGCCUCUCUCUGUUAUUUCUGAAGCUAGAGACACAACGCAGCCAAGCACAGCUACUGUUCCUCCCCCUCCUGCUGUUCCGCCACCACCCCCUCCUCCCUUCAUCCCAUCUCUGUAUCCAGGCUCUCAGCCCCCUGGUUUCUCAGACACACAAGAUGUGCCAGUUAGCACUGAAAUAGCUCCGUCUGUCCCUGGCACAGAUUCUAACGAUCUUCACAUGAAAGCUGAAGCAGAUAGUGAAAGCUCUUCAAGCAGUGCUGUCCUAGACAAUAGCCUGGAUACUGAGGGAGAAGACACAGAAUGUUCUGUUACCAAAGAAGAUCAGGAAAAAGAGAGCCCUGACCAACCAAGUCCUGCCCCAACAGAUGAACCUUCUGAAGCCCUAAACACUCCAGAAAGUGAGAGCUACAAAGAGAAUCACACCAGUGACUCUGAUUCAGAUGGGCCAAUACUCUACACAGAUGAUGAUGACGAUGAUGAUGAUGGUAGUGAAAGCUCUUUAGCAAGCAAAAUACGCCGUAGGGAUACUCUUGCAAUCAAACUUGGCAACAGGCCAUCGAAAAAAGAACUGGAAGACAAAAACAUCUUGCCGAGAACAUCUGAAGAGGAGAGGCAGGAAAUCAGACAUCAGAUUGGCACAAAGCUAGUGAGGAGGCUUAGCCAGAGGCCUACUUCAGAAGAACUAGAACAGAGAAACAUCCUAAGACAAAAGAAUGAAGAAGAGGAACAAGAAGCUAAAAGAGAAUUGAAGCGCAGUCUCAGCAGAAAGCUCAGUCUGAGACCAACAGUGGCUGAGCUGCAAGCAAGAAGAAUCCUGCGUUUUAAUGAGUAUGUGGAAGUAACAGAUUCUCCAGAUUAUGAUCGCCGUGCUGACAAGCCCUGGGCAAGGUUAACGCCUGCAGACAAGGCAAGAGACAAAUAUGGAUUAUAAAUGCAACUUUGUUUCUGUAUCUCAAAAAUUUUCUUUGCCCUUAUAUUUUCCAGCAGAGACUUCUGCUAAAUCCUGCAGCAGAGGUUGCUUCCAAAUAUAUGUAUGUACCCAUGGAUAGUGCACAUCCAUCUAGAAGGAAAAAUAAACCGACCAGAUGUAGUGGUCCAGUUUUCUCCUUUGGCCCAGGGACUCUCCCUGUCAGGCACUGGGAGUUCUCUUCAAGCCAU